ACAGUUAAAAUCCCAAGUUUGAAAAAUGGAUGAUGACCCAUGAUUUUCUCUCUCUUGAUAUUGUAGAGAGAGAAACGAAAAGAAAAGGAAAAACAAAAAAGAAGAGAGUGAAUGAAGAAGAAAAGAACCCUCCUUUUUGUGAGGGAAGAUUAAUUUGAUCAAUCUUCCCUCUUCUUCUCUCUCUUUCUCUCUGUUUUUGAAGUGUCGUUCUUUCAAUUUCUUCCACUCUUUUUCUUUCUCUCUCCAUCUUUCUCAUUACACAAAAAUUGAGUUUGUAGAGAGAGAAACUUGGAUGAAGAAUUAAAUUGAAAUUAUAAAAGAUUUUUGGAUUCUAAGAAUUGGGUUUUUCAAUUAGAUUUGUGGGUAUUUGAUUGAUAUUAAUUGUAAAAACAAUAUUAAUAAUCAUAUUAUGGAUAUAGAUAGUAUUGAGUGUGUUUCUUCAGUUGAUGGUUUGGAGGAAGAGGAGAUCCCUCAUCUUGAUAAUCACCUUAAUAAUAAUCAUCAUCAAUUUCCCACAAAAAUUAGGAAUAAUGUUGGUGUUCCUAAUGCAACUGCACCAGCAACUAGCGUUCAUGAAUUGCUUGAAUGUCCUGUUUGUACCAAUUCUAUGUACCCUCCUAUUCACCAGUGCCAUAAUGGUCAUACAUUGUGCUCGACCUGUAAAGCAAGAGUGCACAACCGAUGUCCCACUUGUCGACAAGAGCUUGGUGAUAUUAGGUGCUUAGCUUUGGAGAAGGUAGCAGAAUCGCUUGAGUUGCCUUGUAAAUUUUACAAUUUGGGUUGCCCGGAAAUAUUUCCUUAUUAUAGCAAGCUUAAACACGAGACGGUGUGCAAUUUUAGACCAUACAACUGUCCCUAUGCUGGCUCUGAGUGUUCUAUCGUUGGCGAUAUCCCCUUCCUGGUGACCCAUCUAAGGGAUGACCACAAGGUGGACAUGCACACUGGGUGUACUUUUAAUCAUCGCUAUGUAAAAUCAAAUCCUCGAGAAGUGGAAAAUGCUACGUGGAUGUUAACUGUUUUUCAUUGUUUUGGCCAAUACUUCUGCCUCCACUUUGAAGCCUUCCAACUUGGUGCAGCUCCUGUGUACAUGGCAUUCCUCCGUUUUAUGGGCGACGAAAACGAGGCUCGAAAUUACACGUACAGCCUCGAAGUUGGAGGAAACGGGAGAAAACUUAUCUGGGAAGGAACCCCACGAAGCAUCCGAGAUAGCCACCGAAAGGUAAGGGAUAACCAUGACGGCCUCAUCAUCCAACGAAAUAUGGCACUCUUCUUCUCGGGUGGGGAUCGCAAGGAGUUGAAGCUGAGGGUAACCGGAAGAAUAUGGAAGGAGCAGCAAAACCCGGAUGCUGCUCCGAUACCCAAUAUAUGUAGCUAAGUAGUUGAAGCAAAUAUCGCGUUUUUUAGAUGUUGUUUUCGGGUUUUGUAUUUGAUGGGUUUCGGUUUUGCACUUUCAUGCUAUCUCGAUUUUCUCUGUUGUUUGUAAUAGAAUGGAGAUAUUUGGGAUGGCCUUGAAUUGAAGUUUUUCAGCUUCUGUGCUCUUAUUUCUCUCUCUUUUUUUUUUUUUGGUAUUUUUGUGGAUUCCUGUGUUGGUAAGAACAGGAAUGAUGUUGAAUGUUGAUAGUGUUAAUAAGUGUACGAGUAUGAAUACAACAGCAUAGCUUACAUUAAGAUUUCAUUAUGAAUUAUGAUUCUUACUCGAAUAUACUUUUGUACUUUUGUACAUCAAUUCUACUACAUUUAUACAAUUCAGAUUCUACUCAUU